GGCUCGACAGCGGGCACCGCGUCAUCUGGCAAGGCAGUGGGCACCGAGUCACCAGGCACAACAGUGGACUCUGAGUCAAUUGGCACGACAGCGGGCACCGGGUCAUCUGGCGCUGAAUCGUCUGGCUCGACAGCGGGCAUCGGGUCACCAGGCAUGACAGCAGGCACUGGGUCAUCAGGUACCGGAUCGUCUGGAUCGACAGCGGGCACCGGGUCACCAGGUAUGACAGCGGGCACUGGGUCACCAGGCAUCAGGUCAUUUGGCUCGCCACCGGGCACCGCGUCAUCUGGCAAGGCAGUGGGCACCGAGUCACCAGGCACGACAGUGGGCUCCGAGUCAACUGGCAUGACCGUGGGCACUGGGUCAGCCAUUGGAUCAUCUGGCCCGACAGCGGGCAUCGGGUCACCAGGCAUGACGGCGGGCACCGGGUCAUCAGGUACCGGGUCAUCUGGCGCUGGAUCGUCUGGCUUGACAGCGGGCAUCGGGUCAUCAGGCGUUAUAGGAUCAUCAGGCUGGAUCAGCUGGAUCAGUUCAUCAGGCUGGAUCAGUUCAUCAGGCUGGGUUCAGACAUCAGGCUGGAUCAGUUCAUCAGGCUGGAUCAGUUCAUCAGGCUGGGUACGGACAUCAGGCCGGGUAGAGACAUCAGGCUGAAGUGCGGG